AUGAAACUUCAAGUCUUCUUGAAGAUAGCCCUGGCAGGCUUCAUCGGCCUCUCUGUUGCCCACCCAGGUGAGCAACAUGAGGAAAUCGACGAGCGUGCUCUCAUCCAGAAGCGUGCCUUCCAGGAGCAUGUUACCCGCAGCCUUGAGAAAUGUGCUCGCCAGCUUGAGGCUAGCGGUGUCUACAAGCGUACCGAAGCACGCCGCCGUGAUACCAUCGAAAGUCUUCGUCGUUCAAAACCAGCUGGUGCACGUCUGACCGCGCGUGACCCGGAAACAGUGCUCAACACAUCCCACUUGGUAACCAACUCCAGUAUCAACGCCAGUACGGCCGACGACGUCCUCUUCACCAACAAUGGCACAUGCGUGCUCAACCCGGAGGGCGAAACAGGCCCCUUUUACGUGCUCGGCGAAUAUGUAAGGACGGACUUGCGCGAAAGCGAGGUCGGCGUGAACAUCACCCUUGAAGCGCAGUUCAUCGACGUCGACACCUGCGAGCCUUUGACCAACAUGUGGUGGGAUGUCUGGAACUGCAAUGCCACCGGUGUGUACUCCGGCGUGGUUGAGAACGGCAACGGCAACGCCAAAGACACAGCCAACUUCAACCGCACGUUCCUGCGUGGCAUACAGCAAGCAGACAGCGAUGGCGUCGUCCGGUUCGACACCCUCUUCCCGGGUCAUUACUCGGGACGCGCCACUCACCACCAUAUCGUCGCUCAUAUCGGAGAUGAUAUCACUGUGCUGGCCAACGGCACUAUCACCGGCGGCUCGGUGGCGCACAUUGGCCAGCUUUUCUAUGACCAGGACCUGAUCACGGAAGUGGAGAGCACGUACCCGUACAGCACUAAUACCAUCACAAUUACUGAGAAUGCUGAUGAUCGUGUGUUCCUCGCUGAAACCGAGAAUACCACUUCUGACCCUGUCAUCAACUAUGUGUUGCUCGGCGAUAGCGUGGAAGAUGGCUUGUUUGGCUGGGUUACAAUUGCGAUCGAUACUUCUGCCUCGUAUGAUCCGAAGUAUAGCUUUGUCUUGACUUCGAGCGGUGGUGUUGAAGAGUCUGGUGGCACGGAUAUGAAGUAA